CUUUUGGGUCUCCGUGGUGGAAUAACAGGGAUGGUCAUGUCACCAUUCCCACAUCGUGGGUUGCUUGGUAAGUAUUUGAUGAGGCCGUGCCAAGGAAUGCUCUUAACAAGGCCAGUGUUCCCUGCUCAGAGCCCGGGAGCUCUGCCUUCCGCAGGUACUGCCCAGGCACCCUGCUCAGUGCUGGGCCAGUGGACAGAGGCCGCACUGCCCUUCCUGUCACCGAAGUGCUCCUUGUCCAGCUCAGUGUUUAUUGUUUGUGGCGGCGGCAUCCUGCUCUGUGUUCAUGAAUCCUCUGCCCUGCCCCAACCCCCCAGAAUCACAGGCCAGGAAGUCAGGGCUUCUUAAUCCACUCUGACACGCCAUGUCCCGGCCACAGGAACGGUGCCUGGCUUGUGCUGCGCUUGGCAAAUACUGGGUAAGGGAAACUUCUGGGCCAGAACGGAGGUCAGACAGACCUCAAAUAAGAACUUGCACAUUGUUAGAACGACUUUGAAGGAAACAAAACAGGGUCACACAAGAGAGAAGGGACUGUGUUGCCCAGCAGGGUCACAGGAGGGAGGCUAAGGGAGCAGUGUUGCCUGGCCAGGCUGCCCCUCCUUGAAAGGCCAUGGAUCCUGCUGGAACCCACAGCUUGCUGCUGGGGGAGGGGUGUUUGCCCGUUGCCAGGCACCCGGGUUCUAUCUGGGCAUUUGGCACCGCCAUGCUGCUCGCACCAUCCUUCCUGCUACUGCUGCCGCUGCUGGCCAUGCCAGCUCCCUCCCAGGCCUGGUCUCGGCCCCUGUGGUACCAGGUGGGGCUGGAUCUUCAGCCCUGGGGAUGUCAGCCCAACAGCCUGGAAGGUUGCAGGGGCAGCCUGGGCUGUGCCGGCCACUGGAUGGGCCUGGGGAUGAACCGCCUCUACCCCGUGGCUGGGGUCACCAUCACCACCACUAUGAUGCUGAUGAUGGGCCGUGCGGUGCUGCAGCGGCGGCGCUCCCAGGCCACCAAGUCCGAGCAUCCGCAGGUGACCACUAACCCGAGUGGACCCUGGAAACGGCGGACCCCCAUCUCAGACCGCGCCCUGCUCCUUGGGGUCCUGCACAUGCUGGAUUCCCUCCUGGUCCAUAUCGAGGGCCACCUGCAGCGUAUAUCCACCCAACAGAAGACCCCAAUAAAGGGGAUAUCCGCCCAGAGUGGGUGACCCAA